AUGGUUGAGUUUUUUGAUUUACCGAAUAAGAUCAUUCAAAGAAUUAUUAACUACGUUCCCCAUGAAUCGUUACGUCCACUAGUUGACAUCAAACCAAUUAGAAAUUAUGUAUUGAAUUCAAUGUAUUCAGAGUUAUCCAUUGGAGCUCAAUUGUUGCAGACAAUAAGAAAUUAUAGAACAGAUACUGGCAAGAUUGUGAGAAACGUGGAUGAAUGCAUUACAUUAUUGGAAACUUCUCCAGCAAUUAGACCAAAAUUGUUUUACUUUACUCAACCACUGGAUGCAAUUAUAUUCGCCACCAAGUAUCCUCAAUAUUUAAAAGGUGCGAAGAUUGCACUUUCAUUUCAUCAUAUUUUUAUGUUUUCAAAAUUGAUGGAUCUUUUUUGUGCAAAUUAUCUGAAUAAUCCGUUUCCAGUCGAUCAGCUUCUUUAUCUCAACUUAGAUUAUUUAGAGCUUGAUGGAAUGUCAAGUUUGUCAAAGGAUGUGACAUUUUUGUGUGAAUCUUUUGAAAAACGAAUUGAUAUAAAGAAAUUAUCUUCAGUUCCGUCUUCUUUUCCAAAUUUAACCAGACUAGACUUGUCUCAACUUUUGAUGCAAGAAAAUCUAAAAUAUCUUCCCCGUCAAUUGAAAUCCUUAAAAUGUACAAUAAAAGAAUCCAGAGACUCGUCUGAAUAUAACUUUCCUGGUAGUUUGACAGAUUUAGAAAUUAAUUUUACUCGAGAUCGUUUGAAAGAUGAACUGAAUAUAGAUGUUUCUUCAUUGAAAAAUCUUCAAAAAUUAAGAGUAGAUCAAAAUUCUAAUACGAGGGGAGCAAUUGCAUUAAAUCUCUCCGCUGGUCUAAAAAAUCUAUUUAUUGAUGAAAAGAUGAGACCUAUCAACAAUUUAGAGGAGAUGUGUCCAUGUUUGAUUGAGUUGCGCGUGACUAAAUUUCUUUCAGAAGUUAAUCCUACAGAUACAUGGGUUCAGUCAUAUCCUCAGACAUUACAAGUCAUUAGUAUUCCAUUUGGAGAAAUAUUUGAAUCUGGUUCUAAUAGUGACGUUAGUUCUGUAUCUGGAGUAAGUGCUACUUCACACAUUAGCAUGGCAACGGGUAAAAAACCGGUUUCAGAUAUUUUGUCGUUUUUACCCCGAAAUUUGAGAACAUUGGAACUAGAAGGGAAUGAUAGAGAUGAUUACAACAUGUUCUUGGACUUUGAAGAAACUGAUUUUGUCGAACUUUAUGCAUUGGAAAUAAAAUUUGCUGGUAAUAUAACCAUCUAUGGAGACCUUCCACCAAAUUUAACAAAACUUACUUUAGAUUGUAUGUACAUCCACGAGUUUAACUUGAAUCAUUUACUUGAUCUCCAAAAUCUUCGUGAACUUUCACUUUCAUACUUGAAAGAUGUGGGUGAUUUCUCAUUUGACUUCCAGGAAUCUUUAUUGAAAUUGGUAUUCACACAUUGUGAUUUACCAAAUUAUUACAUAACUUCUCCAAAUCUUCAGGAGUUAGAAAUAUCAGGUUCAGGAUUUUCUAUUUUAGAUGAUUCCAUUGUAACUAUUCCACAAUCAGUCAAGAGAUUGAUUCUAAAGGGUUCUGGAGAGAGGUUUAUAAACCAAUUCUUACUCACAUUACCAAAUGGAUUGGAGGCUUUAGAUUUGAACUUUAAUUCUCUUGAAAGUAUUACUAAUCUUCCUAACAGUUUAAGGCAUUUAAGUUGUGCUUUUAACAAUUUGAGUAGUUGUUCAGGCGAUUGCUUUGAGUUCCCCUUGGGAUUGGAAUCACUUGAUCUUGAUGGUAAUGAAGUGAAUGACGCAUGGAUUGAAGCACUGAAUUUAAAUGAAUGCGUUAAUUUAAAAAUAUUGAAUCUUUAUAAUAAUCAAAUUGAAGUAUUAGAUUUGAACCAUUUACCCAAGUCAUUGAUUCGGUUGGAGCUUGGCGGUAAUAGUAUUUAUGGUAUAAAGGGUACAUUUAAAGAUUUUACAAGCCUUGAAGAAAUCAAUUUCCAGCCAAAUGAUUUACGUGGAUUUUUUGAGAAUAAAGACUAUUUGGGUUCAUUUUUUGGUGAAAAUAUCAAAUAUAUUGAUUUAUACAGAAAUUUUCUUACUCAAAGGGAUGUCAAAGUGUUAUAUGAUGAAUUGGUAAAAUAUCCAAAAUUUACACACUUACAUGUUGACGAAGAUUUAAGACCUUAUUCAGAUGACCCAUUGGCAUCAUGGGAUAGUCGUAUUGGAUAG